CCACAAGAGGCUGAGCCCUAGUUUGGGUGUGUUCAGUUCACUCCAAUAAUGGAGAACUUGGACUCUCUUUUUCGUGGCUGUCAGAUAACUUUAGAGCUAGACUCGUCCAUUCCCUUUAAGAAAAAGUCAGCACUGAAGCAGUCUGUGAUUCAGUAUGGAGGAAUAGUCUCCUUUAUAGUUACUAAAAAGACUACACAUUUAGUUGUAAAUAAUGUAGAAAAGGCCCAGGAUUCUUAUAAAAGUCGUAUGGCUCAGAAAUGGGGCAUACCUGUUGUCUCCAUCAAAUUUAUUGAGGACUGCAUUGAAAAUGGGAAACUGUUGGAGCCUGACCAAUUUGUUGUUGCUGGUAAGACACCGUCGGAAGAGCUGUCGUCUGGAAAAAUUGUUGCAUCAAUGGAAGAUAAAAGUAAUUCGGAUCGCAAAAAACGAAGACCAAAAUCAAACGUUAACUUGAAUCAAAUAAAGGUAUGGCCAUGGCCUCAUGCUGAUGGCAUGAAGACUCCUUUGUUCCCUGAAGAUGGUUAUGAAAUUGUCAGACAUGCUUUCUUUAAAAAAUAUGAAAAGAUGUCAAAAUUAACGAGUUUCGUUGCAAUAGAGAUUCACGUAGUUCCCACAUCAGUGACUGAAGAUAAACCAUUGUACAGGGUAUUUGUACAUAAAGGACACUUGGAACAAAGACUCAAGACUGGAGAACUGGGUACUUGUGAGUGUCGUUAUGUUGAGACCUCACUCGAUGCCGAAGCUGUGUAUGCUUAUUUGUGCAAGCAGUACACCUCAUCUCCUUAUUCAAUGGAGAGAGUUCAGUAUCUCUCAUUUAUGAUUGGAUCUCCUGGUCUUAGGAAGUUGAUGUCAGAGACAUGGCCUAGAGGGGUAGCUGGUAGUAGGGAGGACCUUGACCCGUUAGUAUCAAAGCUAGUUGAAUACGUUUGGAGUGAAGCUAUUGGAGAGAUUGAAGGAUUUCUAACAGUACCACUUCAAAACAUCAAACUGGAGCAGGUUGAAAAGGCUGAAGCUGCUUUGAUGUCCAUUAGGAAGUUACUGGAUGAAGGAAGAACUGGAGAUGAUGAGGAUAUUAAGAAGUAUACCAAGGAUUAUAAUUCAGCACUUCCCAACAGCAAAUCAGCUCCUAUUGAUAGCAAGAAAGUGAUUGCUAAUAGACAGGAGUUCUGUCAAGUGAUACGUGAUCUUGUGAGUGUUAGUGAGAGCACUAAUUGGUCUCAUAAAAGUGGCCCGGUAGCUAAGUAUCAUGCCUUGAGGUGUCAGAUGUGUCCCAUUGAUCCAGUCUCCAAGGAAUACUCUGAUGUAAAGGAGCACAUCAUGUCCAGUCUAACAAAUGACUCUAAUGAUCCAGAAAUACUCAGUAUAUAUUCAGUCCAGAGGCCAGUGGAGGAGAGCCAGUUCAGCCACUCACUGGGCAACAGGAAGCUUCUCUUUCAUUCUUCUCAGCUACAAAACUUUGUUGGUAUCCUUUCCCGUGGUCUUCUCCUCCCUAAGAUAGUCGUUGAUGAUUUUGGUGGCUCGCGUAGUGAUCCAGGUAUGCUUGGAAGUGGUAUAUACUUUGCAGACUCGGCGAGUCUCUCUGUCAAGUUCUCUGGGCCUGGAAAGAAAAGACACGGGACUAGACUGAUGCUUGUCAAUGAAGUGGCAUUGGGUAAUGUAAAGGAAUUCACUUCAUACCAGAAGGAGUUAUUGGCAGCUCCUAAUGGUUUCCACAGUGUCAAAGGCGUUAAAGGCACUACUGAAGAGCCAUCUGACUUUAAAGAGAAUGAGUAUGUAGUGUACAAGACGGAGCAGCAGCGUAUGAGAUAUCUAAUUGAGUUCCGACUGCCUCAAGAUGAAGAGAUUGAUCAAGAUGAGACUGAGAGCGAAAAAUAUGAGAAUGAAGAAAUUGAAGAAGAUGAAGAAAGCAACAUAGUGACAGAUGGAGUAUCUUUAUCUGAUGUGAAGAAUGUCACUGAUCCUUUGAGUAAGGUUGAAGCAGGCCUGAAGGUUGAUGGGGGAGUAGUGCCACUUAAAGCCGUUCAUGUCAAGGCACAACUGAUAGACCUUGCUGCUAAGGUCAUUGUGUUGCAGUCAUACAAGAAUGAGAGCCUUGUACCAAUUGAAGCAAAGUAUGUAUUUCCAUUGGAUGACAUGGCAGCAGUUUGUGGGUUUGAGGCAUUCAUUAAUGGCAAGCAUAUCAUUGGAGAGGUGAAAGAGAAGGAGCAGGCUCACAGAGAAUACAAGCAAGCUAUCAGUGAAGGCCAUGGAGCCUAUCUGAUGGAUGAAGAAACACCGGAUGUCUUCACUGUUAGUGUUGGGAACCUGCCACCUGGCGCUAGUGUACUUAUCAAGAUUACUUAUGUGGCUGAGCUACAGGCCGAGGGAGAGAAUGUAGUCUUUUCACUCCCUGGCUCUGUCGCCCCAUGGAAACAGGAAGCAGCUUUGGAUGAGACAACACAGGUGGAUGUAGAAAAAGUCAAAGUUCGUUCGGAUGCUGAUUCACUCUCGGUACAGAUCUCAAUUGAUAUGCCAUUCACCAUCAGGACUAUUGAGUCUCCAGCCCACAAGAUAAAGAUGAAGAAGACAGACACUAAAGCAACUGUUGAGUUGUGUCCAGGAGAGAAGCUUGGAACAGGGUUCCAGCUGUUGAUUGGUUUGGCUGAGAUUCAUGUACCACGAAUGUGGGUUGAAGAGAAUGACAAAGGACACCAUGCUUGUAUGUUGACCUUUUAUCCGGAAUUUGAGGCCGAGUCUAUAGUUGAGAAUGAGAUCAUAUUUCUUCUUGAUGUCUCUAAUUCCAUGAAAGGUGAUGCAUUAGAUAAUGCUAAGAAAGUCCUACUUUUACUACUCCACCAUCUUCCUCCUAAGACAUACUUCAAUGUAUUUACAUUUGGAGCAAUGUUUGAGAGUAUAUUUCCAAGCAGUGUUCAAAUUAAUAACGAGACACUGUCCUUUGCUACAAAGCAGGUUCAGUCCUGUCAGGCAGUGAUGGGCAAUACUGAUAUAUGGAGGCCACUCCACAGCCUCUACCUUCUCUCAGAGGCUGCUAGUAGCAGUACAGGAGGCCUCACCAACAGCAGCACACUACCUCCUUGUAGUGUGUUUGUUAUCAGUGAUGGACACAUGACCGAAGAGGCUCCUUCCUUAUCUGCCAUUAAAGAUGGAGCCCAGAAUUAUCGUGUCUUUACUUUUGGAGUUAGCUCAACAGCUAAUCGUCAUUUCUUGCGUUCAAUGGCACGAGUUGGCGGCGGAUGUAGUGAAUUCUUUGAUAGCCAAAAGAAGUCUCGCUGGGAGAGGAAAGUCAAGGAGCAGCUCUCUAAAGCAUUCCAGCCAGCACUGACCGGAGUCGACGUACAAUGGCAGCAACAUGAUGAGAAUGCCCCACCACCUAUUCAAGCACCUAAAUCUAUAACAUCAUUAUUUAGUGGGUCACGUCAAGUUGUGUAUGGGUUUGUACCGCAUUGUAAACAGGCCAGUCUAAAGGCUUUUAUUGGUAGGAAGGAGAUACAGACAAUGGUGUCUACCUCUGAUCUAGCUACCACUAGUGGUCAGACUCUUCAUCAGUUAACUGCCCAGGCUUUAAUUAGAGAUUGGAGUGAAGGCUCUCUCAAUGACGAUCGAACAGAACACGAAAUAAUGAAACGUGAUUUAAAGACAUUCAUAAUCAAUACUAGCAAGGAAUACUCAAUUGUUUCUCAGUUUACUAGCUUUGUUGCUAUAGAAAAGAGAGAAAAGGAUGAGAAGUUUGAUGCUACUAAAGGGCCUUCAAUUGAAGAUCUUGUAUCCAAAGAGAAUGUUGAUAAACUGAAGUAUAUGGGAUGGGAGAUUGAUCAAGGAGCUGAUCCUGUCAAAAUUGCUGCUGAGUCUAUUGAUGAUGUUAUAGCUUCAAUGGCUGGCGAAACUGAUGUUAUAAAAUUAGAUACAGCUUUCAAUAAAGUCUGGGAAUCAACUCAAAAUACUCUGCCUAACUCACACCCAGCCAGAGUCAAGUUACUGAAAAUGAGGCUAGAGGUAUUAAAAAAGAUGGACAAGCUCUCUGAUGGACAGGAGCUGCUGGAAGGUCUCAUUACUGAUCUUCAUCUCCGUGGAUCUAUUGACUCCACUAGACUAAUCAAUGUUUUGGAAGGGAUAAGAGAUGGCUUUUCAAGAAUGAUAGAUGCUAAGAGGAAAGCUGCAGAAGCGGAAGCAGCUAGGAGGAGCAGGAUGAUGAUAGUUGCUGAAGAAGCAAAGUCAUUGAGACAAAGCACUCUAGAAACUGAAAGAGAUGGUGGUAUUAUUGGUGAAGCUAAAAUGGAACUUAAGUCCAGAAUAGCUUUCAAGCAAAAAGAGAUAGAAAGUUUGGAGUCAAAGCUACAUCUAAUUACAAGAAGAAGAGGCAAAGCAUUGAAAAAAGACAUUCCACCUGCUGAAGAAAGGAAAGCAAGUCCUAAAGUUCCUCUCAAAAAGAAAAAAGCAGUUGCAAAAAAUAGGGGACCAAUUAGGGAACAAGAAUCACCAGAAAAAGAUGAAGAUAUUUCAGUUGCUGAAGAAGGGCAAGCAAGCUUUGAACUUGCUCUAAAUAAGAGAUUUAAUAAUAGGAGAAGAAGCAUACGUAUGGAAGAAGAACCAGAAGAAGAAGAUAUUCCAGUUGCUGUUAUUGAUACAGGAAUGGAUACUGUAAAGGCUGGGUUUGCUGGUGAUGAUGGUCCUAGAUCAGUGUUUCCUGCAUUAGUUGGAAGACCACGACAUCAAGGUGUAAUGGUUGGUAUGGGACAGAAGGAUAGUUAUGUUGGAGAUGAGGCUAAAUCAAAGAGAGGGAUCCUGACCCUCAAGAGUCCUUUUGAGAGGCCUAGCAAGCCAAUGGCAGCCAUGUCAUAUAGCCAGCCUAUAGUCCAAGUUGAAGAGAAGGAAAAAGAAUCAUCUGCUACUGUUGAAGAGGAUGUACUUAAUGACCUGUUUGGAUAUGAUGGCCGUAAUUAUGAGAUAUCAGAUUUCUCAAUGGCAGAGAAUUAUCAAGUUAAUGAAGUAUUAAUGGAUGAAUUAGAGAUGGAUGAGUCAUUAAUGGAGCAGUCACUAAUGGUUGAGUCUGCGGAGCUAUAUGAAGAGUUGGAACAGCAAUCUGAAGAAACGAUAGCAGUCAAUCAAAAAGAGCUUAGAUCUAGAAAGGUUAAAAAAAGUAUUCCUGGAACUAGUCCAAGAACUUCAUUAUUGAAGGGACUAGGAAGCAAAGAACCGCAAGAAGGCCAAUUAGGUACUGGACUUGCAGGGUUUGCUAGUAAACCACCAGAAGGCUAUUUGAGUUUAGAUAUUGAAGGACUUGCAAUGCCUGCUAAUAAAGAAACCUAUAGCCCUUUGUCACAAACCUAUAAUCCUGUUUCACCAGUAUAUAGUCCUACUUCAGUGACUUCUCCAGCCUAUAGUCCCACCUCACCAUCAUAUAGCCCUUCUUUACCAUCAUAUGUCCCUACAUGUACUUCACCAGCUUAUAAUGCACCUACUGUUAAUGGUAAAUUAUCAGCUCCUUCAGUGCCUGGUUUAACUUUUAAUCGUUCAAGUGACAAAGUCAGUUCUGAUUCGUCGGAGACUAGUAGAAAUAUUAGUCAACUUAGCAGUGCUUAUUUAGGAAGUGGAAAAUCUCGUCGAUUUGAGUCUGUUUCAUUAGAAAAAAGUGCUCCACUGUCUCAGCCUACUGCUGCUCCUCCUUCUCGUUCUCGUAUUGUUCGGUUUGAAGCGGGUGCUCUAACAUUUGGUUCAAGUUCACAAGCUCCAUUAGAGCCUGUUCCUCCUCCUCCUCUUCCUCCUCGUGCCGUGAUGACGAAAUCAGCACCUUCUGAACCCAUUUAUCCUUCUUUUGAUGGAAUACCUGCUUUUUCUGUUAGAAAUGCCAUCAGUUCUUCUCCUGAAGGAUCUCCUCCUGAGCUAACACCUUGGUCUAGUCCUUCAUUUAAAUCACCUCCUCUCCCAAGAUCUGCACCAUUGCCAGGAGGACCUCCUGCUAAGCCUUCCCGUUCCAGUGGUAGAGCACUAAUGCAAUCACCUGGAGGACCUCCUCCUCCUCCUCCUCCUCCUGGGACUGGGGCACCAAUGCAAUUAUCUGAAAAAUCUCCUCCUCCUCCCCCUGUUCCUCUUCGUUCCAGAGAUAGAGGACCAAUGCCAGUACCUCAGUCAACUGUGCUAUCAUCUGGAAGACCUCCUCCUCCUCCUCCUCAUUUUAUGCUUUGUGGUGAAGUACCAAUGCCAUCUGGAGGACCUCCUCCUCCUUUGCCUUAUCUUUCCAGAGGUAUAGCACAAAGGCGGUUACCUGGAGGACCUCCUCCUCCUCCUCCUCCUCCUCCUCCUGGAGCAGCUGGUGCUCCACUGCCUGGUUCUUCUAAAGUAGCUCCUAAGGGUAAAAGCAAGGUGUCAUAUUAUGCUGGUUUGGCAGAUAAGAAAACUACUCAAGCAAGUCCAUUUAGUAAGGCUGGAGGUAAGAAAGAACCAAGUGGACCAACAGGUCGUGGCGCUCUAUUAAGUAGCAUUAAAAAGGGUGUUUCAUUACAAAAGGUUACAGUUGAGAAGAAAGAGGAAGAGAAAUCUGUUUCUGCAUCAUUAAUGCAAGCACUUCAGUCCAGAAAAGCACCUGAAGCUUUUAACUUGAAGCUGGUGGAUUAUUCCAAAUGGAAAUCAGUUGAAAUGUCUGAUGAUGACUCAUGGGACGAUGAUGAAGAAGAUGAUGAUGAAGGAGGAGGAGGAGGAGGUGGUCGUAGUCGUCUACUUGUUAAUGAAUUUUUUGCAUUUCAAGAUCAAGAAAGAGCAGAGGAUAAAGUACAAGGUCAAGAGGAAGAGGAAGAGGAAAGUGAUGAUAAUAUGGCGUUUGGUCUUUUUGAUUCAUUUGAUGAAGAGGCUCUUUCCAAUGCAAGCUACUACUCUAUGUCUGAGAAUGCUCAAGAGAGUGAUGGGGAGAAAGUUAUUGAAGUACAGAACCAGUUUCCUGUCAUUAAUUCCAGCCAAAUUUAUAUGAUGUACAGUCUACAAAAAGACGAUGGCUCGUGGUUGCUGAGUGAUUUGGACACUAUUGUAAUGCCAGGUACUGGAGACCGUGUACUUAAAGUCUUAAAUGAAGCUGGAGCUAAAUCACUAGGUUCCAGGGUUUACAAGGAGCUACUGUCGUUGAUUGCUACCUGCUUUGUCCUCCGUUUGCUGAACCUCAACUUCCCUGAUGCUUAUAAGAUAACGUUCAGCCCUCACUUUGAAAUAGAUAUGUCUAAUGGGGACCCUGGAGACAUUGCUACCAAAAUGAAUAAGUCACUGGUGCUGUGUAACAAGCUUCAUAAGCAAAACCCAUCUGUUGUCACCCGACUUGAGCUUGGGUAUUCAUUGAUUGAUGCUGUUGAUAAAAUAUUGAAACUGUGUGCUUAGUGUAAACCCUAUAUUUACUGAGAUUUAAAUUUGAAAGAUUUUUAUUCCUUGAAUUUA